CAACAGAGGCAGAGGCAUGAUGAGGUUCCGGUUGGUACAGAAUAUCCGAGCUUGUUAAAGGAUUUCAGGAAUCAUGUUGCAGGUGAUAUUUGGAAUGGUAGGGAGCGACAGUUGUUGAAAAUAUAUAACCACUCGCGUUAUUUGAAAAUUUGGGAGCUACCGACAACCAAUCGUAGGUUCAUGGAUAGGGUUAAAGCUUCAGGGUUGUUUCCACUCGCUCAAAUUACUUACAGGUAUUGCAACAAGGUGUUAGUGUCUGCGUUUGUGGAGAGGUGGCACCCAGAGACAAACAACUUCCACUUUGGGUUUGGGGAGAUGACCAUUACACUUGAAGACGUGCUCUAUCUUGUUGGGCUCCCAGUCGAGGGGUUAGCUGUGCAUGCAGAGGUUCAUAGUAAGGAGGAUUGUGUUGCUCUUAUGCAUAGAUGUCUUGGUGUGACAGUGGCUGCAGCGAGUGACGCUGUUUCUUGUGGUGGUGUUGCACUGGUUGAAAAAUACUUUCAUGAAUGUGGGAGAUGAUGCCACAGAUGAGAGGGUGGAUUAUUGUGCACGGGCUUUCUUGUUGUACCUUCUCAGGACCACACUAUUUGUGGACAAGACUGGAAUUAGGGUGAAUGUUUCCUGCCUCGCUCUUUUGUCUGACUUGGGAUAGGUCAAGAGGUAUGCUUGGGGUGUAGGAGCAUUGGGGUUCCUGUAUAGGCAGCUUGGACAAGCAAGUAGAAGUCACGUUAUGCAGAUGGGUGGCUACAUGACCUUGUUGGAGGCAUGGAUUCAAGAGCAUUUUCCUAUGUUCCAGCACGCCAUAAAUGCAAACUACACGGAGGACCUACCACGGGCAGCACACUGGCAAAGUCGUAAGGAGGCUAAGUCGGCCACCACAGUCCGCUACCGUGAGAUGUUGGACGAUGUCCAAGCUAGCCAGAUGGUUUUUAACCCGUAUAGAGAACGUAGGCAAGUUGUGGCAGAUAUAGCUUUAUACACUGGCUGCAUCUGUUGCAUGAUCGUCGUUGAGCCCUACCUACCGGACAGAGUUUUGAGGCAGUUCGGCCUUGUGCAGUUAGUCCCCGGGCCUCCGUUAGCCCCGUUGCGGGGUACUAGAGGAUCUACGUCUGCUACCUACAGUGUGGUGUACCAGUAUACAAAUGGUCUUUGGCAAAAUUGGCGUGACCAUAUGCUACAUGAGGACAAGCGAGUUCCGGUUACACCUGGAAUUCCUUGGGAGUCACACCAAGACUACCUUCCUUGGUUUAGGAGGGUCUCACACUUGAAGGUGGCACGUGGUCGCAGAGACGGGCAUAAUAUUGAGAGUGCAGAAGAGCGGAUUGCAGCGGCUUUGGUCCUUUUAGACAGUUGCUUGAGUGGAACACAUAUUUCCCCGUUUGACAUGAAAAAUACCCUUCGUGAAGUGCAGAGGAUUUUGAGGGGCUAAGACGCUGCUCACCCUAGCACACCAGGUCCUAGCUCAGGUUGUUUUUUCGCUCGGCACGCUCGGCGCAACCAUUUCACUUGACACAUGGUCUGUGGUGGAAUACCUUUUGUUUUAUGAUGGAUUAGUAAUGCCAUAUGGCGUUCAUGACAGACAUAUUUUGCACUAGUUAGC